AUGUUCGUUGAUGUCGGGCCUCUCUCUUCCCUCGUCAAUCACCGCUUGUCGUUUUGCUUGUCAUCUUCGCGCUUCUCUUCAUCGAUUCUACAACCACACUACCGCGAAUGCACAUCACGAUGCCGAAAAGAACAGCGAUGCCCACAACAAUUGAACCAACGUUUUGGGCAGGCAGCCAUGUUUUCGAAAUUUAGCACGUGGGCGACUAUUCGAAUCGCCCAACCUGAAGCCGGCGAAAUCUCACAGAGAAUGGCCACUCGCCGCCACCCAACUCGGAACAAUCGUCAUUCGGGAACGAACAUCGGCUAUCUUCUCUUUUCUCGACUUCGUCACGAGGUAUCUCUUUUGGCAACAACUUGGCUGGCGGUGAAAUAUUCAAAAGAAACAGAUCUGGUUCUCGUCGACGGUUUUUCAUGGUGUCGAUUGUUGGGUGACCGAAUGGAUCGAUUAUUUUUAUGUGAUUUCGCCGACAUCUGUGUGUCAUCAAGUGGAUGUCCUCUACACAUUACCGUUGACCACGAAAAAAACGUUUUUAGGGCCAUCACAUGUUCGUUGAUGUCGGGCCUCUCUCUUCCCUCGUCAAUGACCGCUUGUCGUUUUGCUUGUCGUCUUCGCGUUUCUCUUCAUCGAUUCGACAUAGUGGGUCACUCGGGUAUUGGCACCCACACUACCGCGAAUGCACUUGACGAUUCCGAAGAGAACACCGAUGCCCACAACGCAUGUGGGCGAUCAUUCGAAUCACCCAACCUGGCAACUGGCCGGCGAAAUUUCACAGAGAAUGGCCGCUCGCCGCCACCCAACUCGAGGCAAUCGUCAUUCAGGACUCUUUUGGCAACAACUUGGCUGGCGAUCAAAUAUACAAAAGAAACGGAUCUGGUGGGGAUACGGCGUUGUCGAAAUGAUUGCUGGGUUCUCGUCGACGAUUUUUCAUUGUGUCGAUUGUUUGGUGACCGAGCGGAUCGACGAUUUUCCACACUGCCGCGAAUGCACUUCACGAUGCCGAAAAGUACACAAUGGUCCAUAACGAUUGAGCGAGCCCGUUUGGAGCAGGCAGCCAUGUUUUUGAUGCAAAUACGAUUGCAUAGAAUGGCCGCUCACCGCGACCCAACUCGGGGCCAUCGUCAUUCAGGAACCAACAUCGGCUAUCUUCUCUUUUCUCAACUUCGUCACGACGUACAUUUGGCAACAACUUGGCUGGCGAUCAAAUAUACAAAAGAAACGAAUCUGGUGGGGAUACAGUGUUGUCGGAAUGAUUGCUUGGUUCUCGUCGACGAUUUUUCAUUGUGUCGAUUGUUCGGUGACCGAGUGGAUCGACUAUUUUUAUGUGAUUUCGCCGACAUCUGUGUGGCA